CCGACAACAAAAAAGAGAGAUAAUGAAAUCAAACAACCGUUGCAAAAGUAACGCUUGCUUAGAGAUGAAAGAGACCAUUUUCAAUCACUUUCUCAUGUGAAGAGGCCACAGUAAUCCAAACUUUAAAGCACCCUUCUCUCCUAAAAGCUCUUUUGGAGUAGAAGAAGAAGAAGGGUAAUGGAGAUGGAGAAGCCACGACCCAAUGCUCUAACAAUCCCAAGAUUCAUACUCCAUUUCUCUCUCUGUCUUCCACUCUCCACCAUUUUUGCCUCUGCUCAAGCUUUUGAUUAUGGUGACGCCCUCUCAAAGAGUCUCCUUUACUUCGAAGCACAGAGGUCAGGUCGCUUACCGUACAGCCAAAGAGUCACUUGGCGUCACCAUUCCGGCCUCACCGAUGGAUUAGAACAAGGGGUAGACUUGGUUGGAGGGUACUAUGAUGCUGGUGACCAUGUAAAGUUUGGGUUACCAAUGGCAUUCACAGUGACAAUGCUGUCAUGGGGUGUCGUUGAAUACGCCGAAGAGAUCGCCGGCGCCGGAGAAUUGGAGCAUGCUUUGGAGGCAAUUAAGUGGGGAACUGAUUAUUUCAUUAAAGCUCACACUAGUCCAAAUGUGUUAUGGGCAGAGGUGGGUGAUGGAGACACUGAUCACUACUGCUGGCAACGGCCAGAGGACAUGACUACGUCGCGGCAAGCAUACAAGAUCGACGAGAACAAUCCCGGGUCGGAUCUCGCCGGAGAGACUGCGGCUGCAAUGGCUGCGGCAGCCAUUGUAUUCAAGAAAACUAACCCACAUUAUGCUCACCUAUUGUUGCACCAUGCCCAACAGUUGUUUGAGUUUGGUGACAAGUAUAGAGGAACAUAUGAUAGGAGUGUUGGGGUGGUGAAGAGCUACUAUGCAUCAGUGAGUGGGUACAUGGAUGAGUUGUUGUGGGCAGCUUUGUGGCUAUACAAAGCCACCGACAAUGAGGAAUAUUUGAAGUAUGCAAUUAACAAGGCUCAUUGCUUUGGUGGCAUUGGUUGGUCUAUUACUGAGUUCAGCUGGGAUGUUAAGUAUGCUGGUCUUCAAAUCAUUGCUGCAAAGUUGCUUAUGGAAGAAAAGCACAAGAAGCACAAUCACAUACUACAACAAUACAAAUCAAAAGCAGAGUACUACAUAUGUUCAUGUCUGAACAAAAACAACGGCAGCAACAACAACGUGGACCGAACUCCGGGAGGCCUACUAUACGUGCGGCAGUGGAACAACAUGCAGUACGUUUCAUCGGCGGCAUUCCUCCUCACAGUAUACUCCGACUUUCUCCGGGAUUCUCAGCAGAAGCUCAGCUGCCAUGGGGGAAUAGUAACCCCAGAUGAGCUCCUCAACUUUGCCAAAUCUCAGGUUGAUUAUACUCUGGGCUCUAACCCAAUGAGCCUGAGCUAUCUAGUGGGCUAUGGUCCUAACUACCCCACAAGGGUGCACCAUAGAGGGGGUUCAAUUGUGUCAUAUAGAGAGAGCAAAGGGUUCAUAGGGUGCACCCAAGGGUAUGAUAACUGGUACAGCAACAUGGGACCUAACCCUAAUGUUGUGGUUGGGGCAUUGGUUGGAGGGCCUGAUUGCCAAGACAAUUUCAGUGAUCAAAGGGGGAAUUAUAUGCAGACAGAGGCCUGUACAUAUAAUACAGCACCACUUGUUGGAGUCCUUGCCAAGUUGAAUCACUUGGACUACCAAAAUGUUAGAACAAAUCACAAUUCUCCUUUAAUUGCAUCUUAUUAGCCAAGUAAUAUAGUGAUAUAUGGAGUGUAAUAUAAGCAAGUCCUUUUUUUAUUGGUGGUGGUGCGGGGUGGGAGUUGUGUGUGUGUGUGUGUGUUUUUU